UCCUCCUGUCUUUCUUUCUCUGCCAUCGUGGUGUGUGCUUUACUCCGUUUCUCGCCAUGUCUUCUCACAAGACUUUCAGGAUUAAGCAAUUCCUGGCCAAGAAACAAAAGCAAAAUCGUCCCAUUCCCCAGUGGAUUCGGAUGAAAACUGGUAAUAAAAUCAGGUACGACUCCAAAAGGAGACAUUGGAGAAGAACCAAGCUGGGUCUAUGAGAAGUGACACAUGCGAUGGCACACAUAUUUAUGCUGUCUGAAGGUCACAAUCAUGUUACCAAAUCAAGCUGAAAAAUGUCACCGCUAUCUGGAGAAGUUUGAACAGAGUUUCCUCUCUGGAUCUGCUAUGAAGGCAUUA